AUGCGGUCCGCGUUGCUUUGCGUUUUCUUUACACUAAUUAUACACAAAGACGGAAGCCUAGUGCGAGGCGAUGACUUUAGACCGACACCGAUACCCCUAGACGAGUGGCACCCCACCCCACGAGGUGAAUCGGCUGGGACACUGCAUGAAAUAAUAAAAACAGAGUCACCACCCUCCGUAGCUGCUGUACCAGCUCAUUACUGGGAGGAUGCAUUAAGACACAGCGUAUAUCUCACAUUAGUAAGAGACAAAAUUGAUCAACUCAUCGCCCAAGGCGAUGUCAUUGCACCCAAUAGCAAACUUGACCAACCUAUAUCAAAAGAAAUUGACGACCACGACUUAUGGGAGAAAAUAAAGAAAGCCCCCUUCGAUAGACGACUAUCCGAUGAGGCUAAUCCUUUAGGAGACGUUGCCAUAAUGGCGAAGGGUCGGCUUCUUGAAAAUGAAGAAGGAUUCCGGUUCACCGAAGACGAUAAAUCGCAAGAUAAUUGUAGUGAGGAAAGAUGCGCUGAAGGUGUGAAAGCAUUUUGGUCCGUUAAACGUGUCCGCCAAAGAGACCAAGAAACUUCUUCUGGUAAAUAUCACUAUGAGUUAACGUUCUCGGUUGUAUCCCAAAUUCCGAAGAAGCAACCAAAGCCAUAUGAAAACCCAAUAAGGACAUUUACUGUUCGAGAAACCUCUCCAUCGACAGUUGAUUUUCCACAAGAACAGAGAAAACAUGAACCAUUUCAAACGGCAAGACCUCAAAGAGCAAUUUGGUUUCAUAAAAACAUAGUGCCAAUUCCACCACACACUAGACGACAGCCUUACAGAGGCCUAGAUAGAAUAUUUUCAUCAAUAUUCUCUAAUGACGAUGAUUCUUCAUACGACAAACCACAACCCAAAUUCAGAAGUAAUUCCGCUUCUUUUCCAACGUAUCAAUUUUCAAAGAGUGGUCACGGAGGGCUCUCCGUAGACCAUCAUCAGCAAUCAAAGCCAAUUCCUUAUCCCUAUAAACAGGCCCAACCGUACAAAUAUAUGCGGCCACCACUUCAGGCUCCACCAGCAGGGCCCUUACAACAUCAUUAUCUUGACUAUGAGUCAAGCCCCAUUAUAAAUGGAAAUCCUUAUCCCCCUCAUGAUUCCCGAAUUUCCCCCACUCAAGCUGUGAAAACGACGAGACCUGCUAUUUUACCUACACCCGUACCGUUAACCCCACCCCUAAAAGAACAAACAUUUGAUUUAGGAACUCCAAUGUUUAUCGAUAGUGCGGAAAGCUCAAAUAAUAUAACGAGAUAUGAGAUAAAUAAUUCUUUUAAAAAUCCUACUAAACUUAAACCAACCUUACCUAAAGGAAACUACUUUCCAGAACAUAUUAGACCACCAGUGUAUAAUGCUCCUCCUGGAGUGUUUGUAACAAUGGACAAAAAACCUUUUAAACCCUUGCCACCUUUGAAGCACGGUCAUAAUUCAAAACCACAUAGAGUCAACAAACCUGCUGACUUUAGACCGAGUCCACAAGUUCACGAUUCACAAUCCCCAAACUCGGAUCCAUUAUUUGAAUCAGCAUUUAGACCCAUAACUGUAAAUUACGCCGACAGUAGUACGACAGAAACAGUAGAUAUGAUUCAAGUGAAAAAGGGUAACAACAAACACCGAAAAACCAGCUCUAAUUCUAAGAAACCAACGAAGAAGCACCACAACGUUAAGACGACGAGACCCGUAACUACGGCAACUCCAGACAUUAUAACAGCUCAAAGUAUACCAGACGAAAAUGAAGAUACUUUAGACUGGGCUAACGUUUUGGGAGCUUUUACAAAAACCACACCUAUGGUCCUUCAAACGGAAAAGCUAAUGCCUGUUGAAACCACAACAAGUUUCUUGGUUAAUAGCAGUACAACACUACUUUGGCAAAAGCCUACUACUGUUACAGAGGCACCUUCAGAAACAACAACACCAACAACAACCGCGUUUACAACAAUAAGACCUAAGAAACGCACCCGUCCGCCACCAAAAUUUACUAAACAAGAUAAAUUUAAAAAACACAAAAGGAUUACUACUAUUUCAACAACCGAAACCACUGAGCACCCAGAGAAAACGAUCAUAAGAAAGCUGUCCACUGAAGCAACACCUGUUAGCACUACAACAAGGAGUAUUUAUAAAUCAUUCUGGGAUUCUAAAAAUAAAACGCAUGCAACAUCUGCAACUACGACAACCACCUCAACAGCUCGACCAACCACCACAAAAAUAGUAACUUCAACAAAACAGGCCAGCACAACACCAUAUACAACGACAAUUGCCCCUAGAGAAACGUCUACGACGCCUAAACCAGAAGUAAAACAACCUUCCACACAUGUACCGAGAAAUACCAAUCGUUUUAGGCAAUCAACAUUAUUUUAUAAGGGAACCUCUGUCAAACACGACAAAUGGUCUUUUAGAAACAAUAGUUCACACCCUCAAAACUAUAGAAGGACGUCUAAUUUCCAAGGUUACGUUACAUCUACCACACAUGCUACGACACUAAGAGAUCAUCAACUCACACAAGGCAACACCAGUGACCUAAAUACUAACAGUACAACUGAGAUAAUCAGUAGUAGCAAUUCAACAGAAAAAUUAGAAAGUAACAGCAUAUUGCCUUCGGUGAAACCUGAAGAUAAUGAAACAGAAAAUAGCCAAGAAGAGUCAGAGUAUAUCUUUGAACAUUCCACUACUGCCACUGACACAAGCAAUGAGGUAUUAGGUAUUAGUUCAACAAUUGAAAGUAUACCAGCACAAUUUGAGUCCUCAAAGAACAAAACUAAAUGUAAAAAGAAGAAAUUGACAACUACAACUAUAGAAACCCUCACCGAAAGCUAUCCUGAACAGUCAACACCUAAAACUACCACAGAAGACUCAACUGAUGAUAUUUUUGAACAACUUUUCGGAUUUAAUUUCAACUCAGAGACAAGUACCCCAAAGGAAAUAUCUACACUAGAAUUAUUAGAAGGAGAAAGUUCACAUCAUGCAAGUUUUUUGAAAGCGGAUGACGACCUGACUGAUUUUAUGGCUGAAUUCAAUAAGAAGCACAAACAUACAAGUCCGACAACUGCGAAUGAUUAUGAAGAAGAGGACGAAGACGAAGAUGAAGAUGAUGAUUAUGACGAUGAUGAUGACGUUCAGCCAAAUAGUGAUAACGAUUCCAGUGAAGAUGAGAAUGAAGACGCUCAAAUGGACAAUGAGGCAGACAAAGAAUCCAGUAGGGAUUCGCGGUACGAAACCUAUGACUUAGGCCGGCCCUACAGUUUUCUAGAGUUAAUGGCUAUGGAAUAA